AUGCCCUUCAGAAUCAUAAUCGUAGGUGCUGGUAUCGCAGGUCUUUGUGCUGCGAUCGGUCUCGCACAGCAGGGCCACGACGUCACCAUCCUUGAGUCUGCUAAAGAACUCACGCCCAUUGGUGUCGGGAUCCAUAUUCCGCCCAACGCGGCUCUCGUACUCAAACACUUCGGCAUCCUUGAAAGAAUGACUGACGACGCCAUUCAUCCUACCAAAUUUGUCUUUCGUAGAUGGAAUGACAACAAGGUCAUUGCAACUGUACAGGCAGGAAAGCAGCAGCAAGGGACGCCACCGUAUUGGAGCAUGCGUCGAUCUCAUUAUCAACGGCAUCUAUAUGAUGCCAUGAUCGAGGCAGGAGCAAAACUUCGCCUGAAUGCCCGCGUUGAGACUGUCAAUGAGCAGGAACCGUCCGUAGCUUUGCUAGGGGGGGAAGUGCUGACAGCCGAUCUUGUGGUUUUAUCGGAUGGCAUCAAGUCCAAAUUGAGGAACGACAUCAUUCCGGAGGAGGACACCUCUAUGAACCUUAACCCCCUGUCAGCCUUUAGAGCCUAUGUUCACCACGACGAUCUUAUGUCAGAUCCUAUCACAGCUCCCAUCUUCAAGGAGAUUGCUACGAAUGUCUGGGCCGGCUACAAUCGCCAUGUCAUCAUUUACCCGUGCGCAGGCGGCAUGUACACCCUCGGUGCCACGCAUCCUGCCAACCACAACGAAAUCGGAGACCAGGCCAUGGAAUGGAGCCGUGCCGCCACAGUUAGCCAAGCUGAGGAAGAAUAUCAAGAAUGGAAUCCCAUUGUCAAGCGCAUCCUGCACCACACGAAGGAAAGUCGGCAAGUGGAGGCUGGCCGAAGUCCCUCGCCUUCCACGCUGGGCAAGCAAGUCUGGCCGCGUUGUCUUGAUGGGAGAUAA